UGGCUGCGGACCGUGCUGCUGCCCCUCCUCCGGCUCUACCUGUGCGGCAUCAGAGUUCUUCUCUAUCAGAUGUUCAACAGGUCGUUCACGCUGCCAGAGUACAGGAAGACAGACGCAGGCUUGUGUCUCUGGAGGUUUACACACUUCUAAUCUCACAGAGAAUGCUAUUUAUGAGGCGGUGCUCAAUAGGUGAAGGCAUCCAAGUGGAAUGCUUACCAAAGGAACCGAUGGAGGGUAAAAGUUCAGGACCUUCGUGCUGUAUCCUCAAACUGGUGGCUCACCCACGGGCAAAGAGCAAAGUCUGGAAAUACUUUGGCUUUGACACGGAUGCAAACGGCUGCAUAUUGCACUGGAAGCGGAUAUACUGUCGCGUGUGCAUGAGUCAAAUUGCGUACUCUGGAAACACCUCCAAUCUCUCGUACCACCUGGAGAAGAACCACCCGGUAGAAUUCAGUGAAUUUGUGAAGAGCAACACGGAUCAGAUGCGCGAGGCGUUCGUCACGGCGUUCUCCAGGAUAAAGACUGAGCCGUCCCCUGUGCCGGUUCAGCUGCAGUCCCUGGAGCCAAACCUACGGCAGAAUUUAGAUCAUGAAAACAGACGGCACAAUGAUCUAACCAUAGCAGUCAUCAACUUCAUCUGUGAGGGGCUCUACCCGGUAUCUAUAGUGGAAGAGCCUACUUUCAAGAGCUUAAUGAGUACCCUCGAUCCCGGGUACUCUCCACCGAGCAAAAGUGAUGUGGCGGGUAGAAUGCUCCCUCAGAUGUACUGCCGCACCCGGGACCUGGUCUUCAGUGAGCUUGCCGGGGUUGUGAACUGUGGCGUCACCACUGACCUUUGGCGAAGCCAAACUCAGAAUAGGACGUACAUUUCACUCUCUAUGCAUUCGGUCAACUACAAUAGUACUUUUGGCUUCUCGAUGGUCGACAAGUGUCUUAAAACCUUUGAAGUGCAGGAGGACAACACGGCCGAGAACAUCACCAGGGCGAUGUACGAGGCAUUCGUCGAGUGGGGGAUAACUCACAAAGUCAGCGGCGCCACCACAAAUGGUUCGGUCGACGUCGGCAAAGCGUGCUCGCUCCUAGAACUGUCCGUGGAAAUGCCUUGCCUCGGCCGCACCAUCAACCGGGCGUUAGAGGAGGCCUUCCAGCUGCCGCCAGUCAGCAACUUUUUGGGAUGUUGCCGAAAACUCGUUGACCAUUUCAAAGAACCGACACUGUAUCUGCUGAAGGAGAAACAGAAGCAGCAUGGCCUCCCGCAGUGUGCGCUCAUCACAGACAGGGCCGGGUCUUGGUUGGCCACGUUGGCAAUGUUACAAAGACUGAAAGAGCAACAGAUUGCCAUAACCGCAACACCGAGAGAGAGCAGUCAUCAUUUCAGCUUUGAAGGCCCUCACUGGGCUUUGUUGGGUGGCUUGAUUGAAGUCCUACAGCCUUUUAAAGUUGUGGCAAACAUGAUCACUUCUUGUAGGUACCCAACCAUCAGCAUGGUUAGGCCCGUGCUUCAUAUGCUGCUGAACACCACCCUCAAGGUCAAGGAAGGAGAUCUCCAAGAGAUCUGCAUGACCAAAGAGGCCAUCUUAAAGGUCCUAUCCAGCACCUAUUCUCAGAACACACCGCUAUCGCAAGACAUCUCAACGUUCCUCAACGUAGCUACAUUUCUGGAUCCUCGGUACAAGAAGUUGCCGUUCCUGUCCGCUGAGGAGCGCUCCAAAGUCGAGAGCAACAUCAUCGACGAGGCCAAAGCGAUCCUCGAGAAGCAGAUUGCAGAGCGGCCGGGCCUCGAUGAUUUCUCCGCGGCAUCUGACGAGCCGCCGAGCAAAAAGCGGGCCCUCCCCAGAGAACCGGCCAGGAGUUCUACCCAAGACAAUCCUCUGGCCGCCAUCUUCUGUCAGUCUGAUACCGACCAGAGCCAAGAGGAGCUGCACGCACAGGUGUUGGAGGAGCUGAGCAACUACAAAUCACAAAGAGUCCUGGGUCUGAAUGAAGACCCGUUACUCUGGUGGUCCAGUCACGCCCCCUUGUUCCCCACCCUCCCCAAGGUGCUGCAGAAGUACUGGUGUGUUCCUGCCACCAGUGUACCCAGUCACAGGCUGUUGAGCUCUUCCGGGACGGCUCUGUGUGGGAAACGGAACCGCAUCGCUCCGGCUUUGGUAGACCAGCAGAUUUUCGUGUACGAGAACUCGAGAAGCUACCAUGAGCCUGAACCCUGUGAGGAGGAUCUGGACAACGUUUUGGAGAGGAACUAGCCUGGACCGGCCUCUUCAGUGACUGUGGCCUUGUUAGAUAAUAAUCUAUAACCGCAUGCUGACGAGCUCCAUACCAUCAUGAAUACACAUGUGUGAGAACACCGGUGAGACCUGGAGUGUUUCUUCAUUCGCAGGCUUUGCUUCAUGCAAAAGAUGUUUUCACUCUCCGCCAAAUAAAUUAAUUAGAGUGGAGAACCUGUGUGUGUACUCGCAGAUGCAGAAAGUAUAACGGCAGCUUUAGUUUUGUUCAUGGAUCUGCGUUAUGAGUUAUUAAAGCCUGUAAAUCACUUCAUUAAACUGCUCCAGUCAUCACAUUUUCUCUUCACAGCAGUCAACAUCUGUACGGUAGAUUCUCAAACUCGCCUGUAAUAAAACAAUCAUUUUAGAAAUCUUUUAAAAGCUCAUUGAAUUAUCUUUUUUAUUAUCGUUUGUGUUGGAUUUAGUAAAAAACAAAUGUGUUUUUUUUGCUGUGCAAAACACUGACAAAUAUAGCUUAUGAUGUAAAAGCAAACUAUGAAAGUAAAGAUUUUGUUUUCAAUA